UUCUUCACUUUUUUCUUCAACCUGAUCAAGCUGUAAUUGAAAUUUUUAAAACCAGGAGUAGUACUAUUAGCUAUAGCCUUAGCCCUCAACAAUUUGUAUACCGAGGAAGAAAAAGAAAAAAAUGCCCUUGGAAGGGAUUUUCAUUGAGCCAGCUUCAGCAGCAGCAGCUUCUUCAGCCUCAACAGCAGUACAGCAGCUUCCUGAUCUCUCUCUCCACAUAAGUCCACCCAACAACACUUCUUCCUCUUCUUCUUCUUCCUCCUCUUCCGCUUCGCCUAUCUGCGAAGCGGCCGGCGAUACUGCGAGGUUCGAUCUCUUGGGCCGUCGCCCGACGGCGGCGGCUGAUGCGGAUUAUAGCAGCAACAGCAACAACAACAAGAAUUUGAAAGCGCACACGGAGCUCUCUUUAGGAAGAUUAAGCUUCGGUACCAACGGAGCUGGAGAGCCCCAAGUACCGCAAAACCCUUAUACUAAUUACCAGCUUCACAAUCAUAGUCAUAUGCGCCACAUAAAUCGAGGCGGCGGCGGCAUCGACGUGGCGUCGGCAUCAUCGGACCCUUUUCGGCCCAUCAAGGGGAUCCCGGUUUACAGUCACAACCGUUCAUUUCCCUUCCUCUCCGCGGAAAACGGGAGAGAUCUUCAUCAUCAUACUCAUCAGGUUAUAAAUAAGGAUCCCAAGUUGUGCUUAUACCAAAUGCCUAAUUUGUCCCCAUCAUCACCAGUAUUACCCUCCGCAUCGUCGCCGUAUGGUCUCGGUGGAGGAGGAGCGUUGGAUCCGAUGUCAAUCCUCGGCUCCUCAAACGGCUCCGCGUACCGUGUGGCGGCCGCGGCGAGGUUCAACGGGCUGGCAGCGGCGGCGGAAGCCUUCAAAUCGACCCAAUUGCACCAUCUUCACCAUCAGUACGGACAGCCUCAUCAUCAUCAUCAUCAUGAGGCUAAUUCCUCAAGAGCUAGGUUUUUGCCCAAGCUUCCGACGAAGCGGAGCAUGCGAGCGCCGAGAAUGCGGUGGACGAGCACUCUCCACGCUCGAUUCGUUCACGCCGUUGAGCUUCUUGGAGGCCAUGAAAGAGCUACACCAAAGUCAGUUCUUGAGCUGAUGGAUGUGAAGGAUCUCACACUAGCCCAUGUCAAGAGCCAUUUGCAGAUGUAUCGAACUGUUAAGACCACUGACAAGCCUGCAGCCUCCUCAGAAUUAGGGCAAUCAGAUGGAUCUGGAGAGGAUGAAAUGUCACAGAUGGGGAUUAGCGGCUCUGAUGGUACUGGUGGCCUACUUACUCAUCAGUUCCCGGAGCAAAAGGGACCGUCUGAUCGGUCUAUCCAAUCAGAUAAUGUCGACUAUAAAUCAGCCAGUCUCUGGAGUAAUUCCUCAAGCAGUAGAGAGGUGUGGCCGCAGAAUAACUCCAGAGACAUAGAUGCGCUUCCGUUACAAUCUUCUGUACUAUCGCAGCAAAUUCAGGAAUGCGAUUCAAGUACUCGAGUAAAGAGCUAUAUAGGAAACAACAAUUUUGAAGGCAAAAACCCAAGCUUGGAGUUCACACUAGGCAGACCAGGUUGGCAGGGAGGAGCAAUAUGAAUAUCUUCGAAUUUUCUUAAUUUUUCUUUGUACUUUUUCCAUAAAUCUUUCUGCCCCUUUUUUGUUCUACAUAUUUUACGUUCCUUGACUGGUUCGUUAUAAACUUCAUGAAUUGGAAAUUAUAGAUAAUGAAUAGAAAGAUGGUUGGUGGUGGUGAUGAU